AUGUGCAGGAAGUCAGAAGCGACGGUGAGGUGGAGAUGGCCAUUUCUGAAGGAAAAAAGAAUAAUGGGCAGAGUACCACGGAACCGCAUGCUAUGGAAAAUUCGGGUACCGUGGAAUCUGCUUCCCUCAAAGCUGAUACCGACAGACGAAACAGUGACAGCGAUAUGCAUGAGGUGGGAAGGGACCCUGACGUGGACAUGGCCUGUCCCGCAGAGGCAGCGGAUGAUGAGCCAAGGGAGCCUGGAUUAG